CCCUUUAAGGGGCGGGCCUCGGCCUCGGCCUGUCUCUGACCCCGGGGCCCAGGCCUCAGGCCUCCUUUCCCCAGCGCCCCGCGGGCCCCGAUGCCGCUGGUGGUCGUGUGCGGGUUUCCGUGCAGCGGCAAAAGCCGCCGGGCGGCGGAGCUGAGCGAGUUCUUCCGCGAGAGGCGGCGGAAGGUGACGGCGGUGGAAGAGAACCUGGGGGCGGGGAGAAACUCGGUGUAUGGAGAUUCUCGGAAGGAGAAGGAUCUGCGAGGAGCACUGAAAGCUGAAGUGGAAAGGAAAAUCAAUAAAGAUGAUGUAGUAAUUAUGGAUUCUCUAAAUUACAUCAAAGGCUACAGAUAUGAACUUUUCUGCCUGGUAAAGCAUGCUCAGACUCCACACUGUCUGAUUCACUGUGACACUGCUGUCGAUGUCUGUUCGUUGUGGAACCGGAACAGAGAGCCAGAGGAGCAGUACUCCCAGAAAAUUUUCGAUGAGCUGGUGAUGCGAUUUGAGGCCCCAGAUUCCCGGAACCGGUGGGAUAGUCCAUUGUUCACCAUCCAGAAAGACGAUGCCCUCCCCUUUGAAGCGAUAUAUGAUGCAGUCUUCCAUAGGAAAGCCCCACCACCCAACCAGUCAACACUGAAUCAACCACUUUCAUCAACAAACUUCUUGUAUGAGUUGGAUCGAGUUACACAGGAGAUGGUCACGACCAUAUUAAACACACAGAAGACGAGUGUACCUGGAGACCUGAUAACGGUGCCUGGAGCCAAUGUGAAGAUUGAGCUGACCCGAAACCUGCAAAUGGCUGAACUUCGUAAACUGAGGCGGCAGUUCAUCAGCUACACCAAGAUGCACCCAACCGAGAAUAUCGGACAGAUAGCAAAUAUGUUUGUACAGUACAUUAACCGCAGCCUACACUAGCGAGCAAAGUGGCAGAUUGUGACAUGGAUUACUUUAAUAUAAUUAAAAUGUUUUUAGACCAA